AUGCUUAAGAUGAGGGAAGUGGCGAAAGACUUUCAUGGUGUCAAAGUGAACAAUGGGAAGGAAACAUCUUUCUGGUUUGAUGCUUGGAGUUCGAUGGGGCGGCUUAUCGAGACAACAGGUACCCAAGGCUUUGUUGCUUUUGGUGUCUCUGUUUUCUCCUCUUUAGCAUCAGUCUGGCAUACUCAUAGGCAUUGUCAGCACAGACAAAAUUAUCUAAAUCUCAUUGAAGAUGCACUCUCUUUAGCUGCGGAGCAACGUAAUGGACAGGAAAACCAUUCUAUUUGGCGCACAAAGAAUGGGAAAUUCCACCCAAAGUUUUCAUCAAAGCACACAUGGCAUAACAUCAGACAUACUGUUGCUCGCACCCUUUGA